AGGAGAGAGAAGAGAGGCUGUAAGGAUGACUUAGUGGCUUUACCUAACAGAUGCAGAGGUGACAGCGUCUCAAACAUUUCCCUGCUGCUCUACAUGUCUUCUGACGCGCAGCAGUUGCCGUUUUCUUCUCGUCAAACAAGGGCUUUUUGGGCUCACUGGAUACACAGAGACUGAAUAUGUGAAUUGAAUGUGGACAACAUAUUAUCAUUCUUUAAUUAAUGACCAACAUCACCAGUAUCUCAUGGAUGCAAAGUUGAAUUGCACGCGACAAACAGAAACCGAGAUGUUGAAGGUACCGAGUAUUGCACUCAGCGGUGCUCUUCUGUAAUAGGAGGGUUUAAUCAGGGUCGUUAUCCGCCCCUUUAAUGCAAGUGUCCAUGGAGGACGGAUCUAUCUGGAGGACAUUACCAUCGGAAGUCCUUCACGGACACUUCGCAGUGGCUUCUGUUAAAAAUGUGCGGCGUUUGGGUCGCCAGUAACACGGUUAUUUACAAUGAUGGGACCGCGCAGCCUGUCUCAGGCAGAGCCAAGCAUGACUCCGCCACGACGCUCAUCCACUGCUGCUGACAGGUUGCCUACGGAGACUGUUCAGAGGAAUAACAGCAGUAAUACUGGUGUUAUUCUGGACAUUUCCACCCUGAAAAUGGCCGAUGUGGACUCUGAGGUCCCUCCUCUACCUCCACGAUACCGCUUUCGAGAUCUGCUGCUCGGGGAUCAAUCUUUUCAGAAUGAUGACAGGGUGCAGGUGGAAUUUUAUGUAAAUGAAAACACAUUCAAGGAGAGGUUGAAGCUCUUUUUCAUCAAAAACCAAAGGUCAAGUCUCAGAAUACGCCUCUUCAACCUCUCCUUGAAGUUGUUAACAUGCCUCCUUUAUAUAAUCAGAGUCUCACUAGAUGAUCCAACUAACCAGAUCACAUGUGCACGGAAACAUUGCACAAACAUCACAGAUGCUCUUUGCAGCAAAGCCUGUGGCAACUACACAACAAACCUGACCGCAGAUCCCACACAAAUAAACUGGGAGUUAAUAUUUUGGGUGAAUAGGAGAGUUCCUGUAUGGGCGAUACAGGUGACAGUGGCCUUAAUUAGCUUCUUGCAAGCAAUGCUCCUGGUGUAUCUCAGCUACAAGGGGAACAUUUGGGAGCAGAUUUUCCAAAUCUCCUUCAUCAUUGAGAUGAUCAAUACAGUGCCAUUCAUAAUUACAAUCUUUUGGCCUCCGCUGAGGAACAUAUUUGUUCCCGUGUUUCUUAACUGUUGGCUUGCCAAAUCAGCGCUGGAGAACAUGAUUAAUGAUCUCCAUCGUGCCAUUCAGCGCACACACUCUGCCAUGUUCAACCAGGUCCUCAUUCUGAUCUGUACACUGCUCUGUCUGGUCUUUACUGGGGCUUGUGGGAUUCAGCACCUCGAGCGGGCAGGGAAGAAUCUCACUCUUUUCGACGCUUUAUAUUUCUGCAUCGUCACCUUCUCGACUGUUGGUUAUGGAGACGUCACACCCAGAAUCUGGCCCUCUCAGCUACUCGUGGUCAUCAUGAUCUGUGUGGCUCUGGUGGUGCUGCCAUUACAGUUUGAAGAGUUGGCGUAUCUUUGGAUGGAGAGGCAGAAGUCAGGUGGAAACUACAGCAGACAUCGUGCUCAGACAGAGAAACAUGUGGUUCUCUGCGUCACUUCACUCAAAAUAGACCUGCUCAUGGAUUUCCUCAACGAGUUCUAUGCCCAUCCGAGACUACAGGAUUAUUAUGUGGUGAUACUCUGUCCCUCUGAGAUGGACAUCCAGGUGCGGCGUAUACUGCAGAUCCCAUUGUGGUCUCAACGGGUCAUCUACCUCCAAGGCUCUGCAUUGAAGGAUCAAGACCUGAUGAGAGCCAAGAUGGACGAUGCAGAGGCGUGCUUCAUCCUCAGCAGCAGAAAUGAAGUGGACCGCACCGCAGCUGAUCAUCAAACCAUUCUGCGAGCGUGGGCUGUAAAGGACUUUGCUCCAAACUGUCCUCUAUAUGUCCAGAUUCUCAAACCUGAGAACAAAUUCCAUGUCAAAUUUGCAGAUCAUGUGGUGUGUGAGGAGGAGUUCAAGUAUGCCAUGCUGGCCCUCAACUGUGUGUGCCCAGCCACUUCGACACUGGUCACACUCCUGGUGCACACGUCUCGUGGACAGGAGGGACAGAUGUCUCCAGAACAGUGGCAGAGGACAUAUGGCCGUUGCUCUGGGAAUGAAGUUUACCACAUUCGUCUGAUGGACAGCAAGUUCUUUGGCGAAUAUGACGGGAAGAGUUUUACUUAUGCCUCCUUCCAUGCACAUAAAAAGUAUGGCGUCUGCCUAAUCGGCACAAAGAGAGAAGACAAUAAGAGCAUACUUCUGAACCCCGGCCCUCGCCACAUCAUGUCUGCCACAGACACCUGCUACUACAUCAACAUCACUAAAGAGGAGAACUCUGCCUUCAUCUUCAAACAGGAGGAGAAGCACAGCAAAGGGCUGUCGGCCACCGGCGUGUAUGACGCCCCAUCUCGUCUCCCGGUGCAGAACAUCAUCGCAAGCAUGGUUGAUCAGUCUACUUCAUAUGGAACUGUGGCCAUUGACCUGCAGAACCCAGAUCCCCCGGCUGACAGCAGUAAACUGACCCUGCCCACAGAGAACGGAGCUGGGAGUCGUAGACCCAGCAUUGCCCCUGUGCUGGAGAUCGCUGAUUCCUCUGCAAUCCUGCCUUGUGAUCUUCUCAGUGACCCCUCAGAAGAUGAGACCAACCAAUCGGAUGAGGAAGGAGCACCAGCCUUAGAGUGUAUUAAAGGCUAUCCUCCAAACUCCCCUUACAUUGGAAGCUCCCCAACUCUUUGUCACCUUUUGCAACAAAAGGCGCCGUUUUGUUGCCUACGACUUGACAAGGGUUGUCGGCACAAUAGCUUUGAAGAUGCCAAGGCAUAUGGUUUCAAAAACAAGUUGAUUAUCGUUUCUGCUGAGACAGCGGGAAAUGGCCUGUACAACUUCAUAGUGCCGCUGCGUGCCUAUUACCGACCUCGGAAGGAGCUGAAUCCCAUUGUACUGCUGCUGGAUAAUCCGCCUGAUAAUCAUUUUCUUGAAGCCAUCUGCUGUUUCCCUAUGGUGUACUACAUGGCUGGUACCAUUGACAAUUUAGAUAACCUGCUGCAGUGUGGCAUCAUCUACGCUGAUAACCUGGUGGUGGUGGAUAAGGAGAGCACGAUGAGUGCAGAGGAAGACUACAUGGCAGAUGCUAAAACCAUAGUUAACGUGCAGACCAUGUUCAGGUUGUUUCCUAGUCUCAGCAUAAUCACUGAACUAACCCAUCCUUCUAAUAUGAGAUUCAUGCAGUUUCGUGCCAAAGACUGCUACUCCUUGGCUCUCUCCAAACUUGAAAAGAUAGAGAGAGAUAAGGGCUCUAAUCUGGCAUUCAUGUUCCGCCUUCCAUUCGCUGCAGGCAGAGUGUUCAGUAUUAGUAUGCUGGAUACUCUUCUUUACCAGUCUUUUGUGAAGGACUAUAUGAUUCUCAUUGCAAGACUCCUGCUCGGUCUAGACACCACCCCGGGCUCUGGCUACCUCUGUGCUAUGAAGGUAACGGAAGAGGACUUAUGGAUCCGGACGUACGGAAGACUAUUCCAGAAGCUGUGUUCAUCCAGCGCAGAAAUUCCCAUUGGGAUAUACCGCACUGAAUCUCACAUGUUCUCCUCCUCUGAGUUUAAGGAGGUUUGCAAGCAGUCUCAGGUGUCUGUGGAGGACUGUGAGGACCCGCGGGCCCGCAGGGAAUCCUGGAAAGAGAAAACCGCCCACAGAAACUCCACAGGGAGCGACCAAUCAGAGCACCCACUUCUGCGGAAGAAGAGCAUGCAGUGGGCGAGACGGCUGAGCAGAAAAAACAACAAAAUGCCCAGUCGAUCUGAACGCAUCAAUCAACAGCGCCUGAACCUGUACCGGCGCUCAGAGAGACAGGAGCUGUCAGAGUUGGUGAAGAACCGCAUGAAGCACUUAGGGCUGCCCACUGUGGGAUAUGAGGACGUAGCUAAUUUAACCGCAAGUGAUGUGAUGAACCGAGUAAAUCUAGGAUAUUUGCAAGAGGGUACUUACAUGACAGAGGGUACUGCAGUGGCUCAAACAGAUGAAAUGAAUGAUAAUCAGAACACGUUGUCAUAUGUGCUGAUAAACCCUCCUCCGGACACCAUUCUAGAGCUCAAUGACAUUGUCUACAUCAUCCGCUCUGAUCCGCUGGCACACGUCCCUGAGAAUCUCCCAGGGGCUCCGGCCGGAGCCAAGCUACGACAAGACUAUGGACCUGAGACCAGGGAUGAGACCCAUCUGUAAGAACUGGAAUUUCUUGUUAACCCUCCUUCCCUCCCUCCUCUGCCUUGAGCUGCUACAGUCUGCAUGAAGAGUGACAGGACACACAACCGACCGACCACACAAGACACAACCCAUGUGCCAACACAUUCACUACCCAAGCUGCCCAACGGCUAGAACUGUACUACUGAAACACUUUACAGAUUUCUCUUUUUUACGACACAGAUAUAUAGAAUCUCGUGGCACAUUUCAGACUUCUCUAAAUGCGGCUGGUCAUUACAUUUUUGUAUUUUAAGAUUUGGCUCAGUGCGAGUGUUGAAUCACUUUGGACCAAACAAGCUGUCCAAGCACUUUGGAUUUACAGGGCAGUAUAUAUCAGAAAUAGUAAAGCAGUGUUCAAGAGGGCAGCUAAGGACAGAAGGAAGAAACAACUAUUACGCCAGUAAGCUGACCCAAACACUGGAUAGUGCCCUGUCAUACAUGCAAGGUGUUUCAGUAUGACAUUGAACAGAAUUAGUUUACAUCAGUGCUAUAUUUUGUACAUAUAUAGCACAAAUAUAGUAUAUAUAAAUAUAAGUUAGCCACAUAUUCUUUACAUGCUCAGUGACCUCUUAGUAUUCACAGUAUUUUGUUGUGAUUUCGUCCUCAAAGCACAAAGGGUUUUACGUUUGAAACUGCUAAUCCCAAGCUGAAACUUUUACAUGAUUGAACACCAUGAUGAUUUACUAUAAAUCGCUGCCAGUUAUCACUACAAAUGUUAUCAUAAACCAGUUUACAUGUGCCGAGAACAGAAGCUAGAUUAAUUGCCAUACAAUUUCAAAUUUAAAGCAAAAAAUGGAACAUAUUCUACAGCAAACACAUGGUCCUUCUGAAGAUUGACAGGAACUGUACUGCACCAGCAGAAAUGUGCUUCAAGUAUUUCAUGGAUCUUGAUUAGGUGUCAUUGAAGAGAUGCCAAAUGGUAAUAUACAGUACAUAAGAUCAAUAUUGAAAUUAUGUUUGGGUUAUACAUUAGAAAAUAUUAGAUGUAAUACAUACUGUUGGUAACCAUUGUUUUUCAGUGAUAUUUUGCCUCAAAGCUAAUAAGUGUUUUUGUUUGUCAUUUUAAUUAUUAUUUCGAUGUGCACAAUGUACAUGUUACUGCUCAAUUAGGACAAAAAGGUAUAGCUAUAUAUCGCUCUAUAUAAAUAUAUAUAGAGAGAGCACGAGGGAGAGUGCACAUUUGAAUUUGCCGAUUUUAUUGCACUAAGCUCUGCUGAGCAGUACAUAGUAACCCUUUAAACUACAUAAAAACAUAAAAAAUGUUAUAUUUCACAAUACAUUAGUUUUUACCUUCUGUAUUAAGAUAUUCCAUGGUUCAUUGUCAUUUCCAUCAGUAUAUGGAGCUGACAUUUAAAGCCAUCAUGGAAAGCUGCUUUUGUUUUUACUGUUUCUAUUUUUUAACAGAUGUAUUCAUCUUUCACUGAACAGAAAAUGUGAAUGUCCACUUCAUGCAAAGUAGCUAAGGUUGAAUAUCUCUCAUAUCAUUCUUACCUGUUUGUCUCCACAAAGAAAUGUGAUUGAUGACAGUAAAAGCAAUGAAAUGGGAAUCCUUGUAGCUAUUAUGUU